GCCUCCCUCUCUCUCUCUCUCUCUCUGUUGUUGCUGAACUGCAGCUUCCACUGAAAUUUGCACAAUCAAACCCAGCUUUCAUCUCCGACAGCAGCGAAUCACACCACCUGAAGAAGGAGAAUAGCAAAUUGAGCACGGUAUCCUCUAUGCUUAUACAGCAUGUGGUACCAGUAACUCUCACAGGAUGGAUGGACCUGGGUUUAUGUGAGACCCACUUAGCCUGAGGUCUGCUGCCUGUGAUCUGAGAGCUGUCAGAGGAUUUUACAGGACUAUGUGUAUUUAGGGGAUGUGUUUAAUAAGCUAAUAGAGAGCUGCAUCUGAAAGCUGGAGAAGGCUGCCGCUGCUGCUGCUGCUGCAGUAGCUGGUGCAGCAGGAUGAAUGUGUAAAGGACAGCUGCCUGAGCCGUGCCGGUGAGCCUCCUGCCCUGCUCUGUCUUCCUUAGCUGGGAGGAUACAGAGGAGAACAGAUGCGCUAAACAAGUGCCACACCGGCACACUGGAUCUAUCACUGUGUACCCUUCACUGUGGAAAAUGGUCAACAAAGACAUGAAUGGAUUUCCAGUCAAGAAGUGCUCAGCCUUUCAGUUUUUUAAAAAGAGGGUACGAAGGUGGAUUAAGAGCCCGAUGGUCAACGUUGAAAAGCAUCCACAUGCCAGCCUCAAAUACCCGGGGUCCACUGUGCUGAAUUUACCUGUGGGGGAUUCAGAGCUCGAGCCUCCGCUCUGCCAGACCUGCCUGAGUGACCACCCUUUCCAGCGAGGGAUUGCUCCUCAGGAGGCCGAGUCCUGCUCCUGGGAGAGCCAGAGAAGCAGCAAAAUGAAGGAGCUGCCCCAGAGCAAAGGAGAUUCGCUGCCCAAGCCGGAGCCCAGGACCCUUUGGGUUGGUGAGGACACAGCUUUCAUGAAGCAGAGAAGAAUGGGACUUAACGACUUCAUUCAGAAGAUCGCCACCAACUCCUAUGCAUGCAAGCACCCUGAAGUUCAGUCUAUCUUGAAAAUCUCCCAGCCUCAAGAGCCUGAACUUAUGAAUGCUAAUCCUUCUCCUCCGCCCAGUCCUUCACAGCAGAUCAAUCUCGGCCCAUCAUCCAACCCACAUGCCAAACCAUCAGACUUUCAUUUCUUAAAAGUGAUUGGAAAAGGCAGUUUUGGGAAGGUCCUCCUUGCACGGCAUAAGGCAGAAGAGCAGUUCUACGCUGUUAAAGUCCUGCAGAAAAAAGCAAUCCUGAAGAAGAAGGAGGAGAAGCACAUUAUGUCAGAGCGCAAUGUCUUGCUGAAAAAUGUGAAACAUCCCUUCCUGGUCGGGCUUCACUUUUCCUUCCAAACUGCAGACAAAUUGUAUUUUGUCCUGGACUACAUCAAUGGUGGAGAGUUGUUCUACCAUCUCCAGAGGGAGCGUUGCUUCCUGGAGCCGAGAGCCCGAUUUUACGCUGCUGAAAUUGCCAGUGCGCUGGGCUAUCUGCACUCCCUGAACAUCGUUUAUCGAGACUUGAAGCCAGAGAACAUCCUGCUUGAUUCACAGGGGCACAUUGUCUUGACUGACUUUGGACUCUGCAAAGAAAACAUAGAGCACAAUGGCACGACCUCCACCUUCUGCGGCACACCAGAGUAUCUUGCUCCUGAAGUUCUCCAUAAGCAGCCCUAUGACCGGACUGUGGACUGGUGGUGCCUUGGAGCAGUCCUGUACGAGAUGCUUUAUGGCUUGCCACCCUUCUACAGCAGGAACACUGCAGAAAUGUAUGACAAUAUCUUGAACAAACCCUUGCAGCUGAAGCCAAAUAUUACCAACUCAGCUAGACAUCUCCUGGAAGGCCUCUUGCAGAAGGACAGGACAAAGAGACUUGGUGCCAAGGAAGACUUUAUGGAGAUUAAGAAUCACAUCUUCUUCUCCCCAAUUAACUGGGAUGAUCUCAUUAACAAGAAGAUUACACCCCCUUUUAACCCAAAUGUGAGCGGCCCCAGUGACCUGCGGCACUUUGAUCCGGAGUUUACUGAUGAGCCAGUCCCUAACUCCAUUGGCCAGUCCCCGGACAGCAUCCUCAUCACCGCCAGCGUCAAAGAAGCUGCUGAGGCCUUUUUGGGCUUCUCAUAUGCCCCACCCGUGGACUCUUUCUUGUGAACAUUUUUCGUUUAUUAUUUUUUAAUAAUAAUAACAACUAUUAUUUUUAUUUUUUGUUUGGCCUUCUGGUGGAACUGCCGGUUGACCAGUCACCUUGAAAGAGAAUUUGCACAUUUCCACCAUGGCAGCUUUGCAGCCUUAAUUUCAACUACACUGUUUGCUGGAAGCUUUUUUGAAGAGCACAUCACUCUCUAAAUGAGCUUUACAGGCUUUUCAUUUCCAUUUGUUCUUCCCCCAAAGUGGUGCUGUCUCCUUGGGAAAGAAAAAACAAGAGUGACUGCUGCCAUUGACUGCUACGACAGAUCAUAGGAGUAAGAACAAGCUGUUUUGUAGUCGUGCUCGAAAAGCCUUGCCUGAAGAUCUAUCUGAACGUGAUAAGGAUUUUAUGAAAUGUGCCUUUUUCUGAUGAGAUCUUGUGAGCUCCAAAGCUUUCCCUGUUGCAGAGUGUGUUUCUCAGUUCAUUUAUGUGGGUUUACUAUGUGAACAAAUGGUAUGCGUGUGGUCUGCGUACUACAGAUGGACUUAGUUUAAAGCAUCAGUGUGACACUUGCAGGAUACCACAAUGUGGGGCAUUGUUUGUUUCUUCCAUAUUUGGAAGAUAAAUUAAGUGUAAUUUUGAAAUUUCUUUUGUAAAUCUAUACUGUCAACUAAAAUUAUUGAAACGGGCUCACAAUUACUUGUAUCCAAAUGCUUGCAGAAAGCAUUGCUGCUAUGAAAAAAUAUUUCUAUUUUUAGAAAGGGUUUUUAUGGACCAAAAUGCCCCAGCUGCAGUCGGUCAAAGCUGUUGGUUUCUUCUUUUUUUGUCUUUUUUUUUUUUUUUUUUUCUUUUUUCCAAUAGUUUAAAAGAUAUCAUCUGUAAAAUGGGCAUUAUUUAUGGUCUAGGGGUUUGAGGGAUUUUCAUUCCUGAUUGUAUGUAUUGUAAAAAGGAUCUGUACAUUCAGUUGUAACUCUAGAUGUAUAUUUAAACUUACAGACUUACUUGUAAUGUAUACCAUCAUUGUAAUGUAAUAUAAUUAACAUGGUUAUAUGUAUCAUAUUUUUUUGUGACCAGACCCAUAGGUUUGCAGUAAAAUCCUGAAAAAUA